AUGGCUCCAUCCGCUCUGGCAGAGAUUCAGCAGAAAGAGGCAUACAAGCAAUGGCUGCAGCGUGUAGAAGCUCUCCUCCCCACUGGCAAGGAAGGCCGGCGUGUGACCGCUGAGAUUACAGCGAAAGGUGGAAAAGAAAACCUCAACUACCGAUUUCUCAAGAAGCGCGCGUGCUAUUGUACCCAGCAUGUAGGAGACGACCGGUAUCAAAGAUUCCGCAAGACUGGCCCUGUGGUUGUUGCCCGUUGCUUCUCUCUAUGCCCAUUCUGUGAUUAUUCUCCUAGGGCUGGAAAGACAGCAAUAGGAAUUCCAGAUGGGGUACACUGUGGGGGUACAAUCCGCAAGCAUAUCAUGAAGCGGCACUGUGGAAACAAGGAUCUUGAGGGUCUUUGGGUAGUUUCAGACAAGGUGAUAUCCGAACAUGGUCUUCUUGACUCUCUUGAAGUACUUGACUCCGAUGAUGAAGAGACACCUCAUGGGGCCCAGUCACGAUCAACCCUGGACAACCAAGACCGACCAGCUACAGUUGACAAGGCAGUGCAAACCACUGACCAGAAGGCUUGCGCAAGGAAGUCCAUCAACAUUCGCGAAUGGCUCUCAAACGAGGGAUGCACUAACGCACGUCGUUCUGAGAUCAUCGGCAGGGAAUGCAGGAAGCGGAAAGCAAUUCACCUGAAAGAGGAAGCACCAGAGGAUGGGGCUAUCUAUCAGGAGGAAGGCUAG